ACUCUUGGCUGGGGGUUCCUCACAAGUAUCGUGCCGUAUAAUAUUUGUUUCUUUGACCUUUCUCUGGCUUUAUUUUGCUUUCAUCGUCGUCGUCGAGAGAGAGAGAGAGAGCAAUAUAAAGAUAGAUUUGGUUGUGUGUGUUUGACGAAGAAGCUUCUUCGCUCUUCUCGUUUGGAACUUUUCUCCGUCUUUAGAUUGUCAACGCGUUUCUCAUCUGCGAUUUCUCGGAGCUUCAGAUCAACAAUCAUGGCCACCGCUGGAAACAAGAACAUCAACGCCAAACUGGUAUUACUUGGGGAUGUUGGGGCUGGAAAAUCAAGUCUUGUGCUUAGGUUUGUCAAAGAUCAGUUUGUUGAGUUCCAGGAAUCAACCAUAGGUGCAGCUUUUUUCUCUCAAACACUGGCUGUGAAUGACGCAACUGUGAAGUUUGAGAUAUGGGAUACAGCUGGUCAGGAACGUUACCAUAGCUUGGCUCCUAUGUACUACAGGGGUGCAGCUGCUGCCAUUAUUGUCUUUGACAUUACUAAUCAAGCGUCAUUUGAGAGAGCGAAGAAAUGGGUUCAAGAACUGCAGGCACAAGGUAACCCUAAUAUGGUGAUGGCUCUUGCUGGAAACAAAGCUGAUUUAUUGGAUGCAAGGAAAGUGUCUCCAGAGGAGGCAGAGACAUAUGCGCAAGAGAACAGCCUUUUCUUCAUGGAAACCUCAGCGAAGACUGCAACAAAUGUCAAAGACAUCUUCUACGAAAUCGCAAAAAGGCUACCGCGCGUGCAGCCAGCAGAAAACCCAACAGGGAUGGUUCUCCCAAACGGGCCAGGAGCUACGGCAGCAAGCGCAUCAUGUUGUGCUUAAGAGAGAUAUCUUCUUCUUAUCUUUGACAAUGUCGCUUUACUUUGAUUGCAUUGACAACAAAAGUGUAUAUGCAUGAUAUUUCAAACCUUGUGGAAUCUAAAAGUAUUUGUAUUUGAAAGAGAGGUUUGGAUCUCA